CGUCGGUGGUGGUGGUUCGGGGUAGGCGGGGUGUGAGCGGGCCGAUGCGCUGCGUCAGUGCAAUAGACUGUUUUCCUCACAAACAAGCAAUGGCUGUGGAUGUAGCAAUGCAGCUGUACCUGUGCUCCUCACCCUUGCGAGGAGAGAGGUGUGCCUGCAAAAUUGCCCCAAAGCCAAACAAGCCAUUGCGGCCGUGCAUCCAGCUGAACAGCAAGACGGUACUGACUGGACCAGAAGAGGCAGAAAACUCCUUCACACACAACAAGGUGAAGAAGAAGGUGUCAUUUGCGGACAGCAGAGGCUUUGCUCUGACAAUGGUGAAGGUGUUCUCAGAGUUUGAUGAUCCUCUAGAUAUUCCUUUCAACAUCACUGAACUGAUUGACAACAUUGUGAGUCUGACGACAGUAGAGAGGGACAGCUUUGUCCUGGACUUCGUUCAGCCCUCUGCAGACUACCUGGACUUCAGAAACCGUCUUCAGACAGACUGCGUGUGCCUUGAAAACUGUAUGUUAAAGGAGCGGUCUGUUGUGGGCACAGUGAAAGUGAGGAAUCUGGCUUUUGAAAAGUCUGUAAAGAUCAGGAUGACAUUUGACACCUGGAAAAACUUUGUAGAUUACCCGUGCCAGUAUGUCAAGGAUACGUACGGAGGAUCAGAUCGGGACACGUUUUCUUUUGACAUCAGCUUGCCAGAUGGAAUUCAAUCCCAUGAAAGAGUUGAGUUUGCCAUCUCCUUUGAGUGCAAUGGCAAGGUGUACUGGGACAGCAACAGGGGCACAAAUUACAGAAUCAUACGCUCAGAACUGAAGUCUGCCCAGGAAGCCCUCCGCCCCCCGUGCAGCCCUGACUUCAGCAGUGCCUUUGACCAGUUUGGGAGUCCUCGGUGUGCCUAUGGCCUGUUUGCUGAGUGGCCAAGCUAUUCAGGAUACGAAAAGCUGGGGCCCUACUACUGACCUAAGGACCUAAUGUUCUGACUGACUGUUGGUGGUGUCUGCAGGUGUGGUAGCCCUCCUGAACAUGAGGUGUGUGGAAAGGUGGAAGAAGUGAGGCUCCAUGUAGCUCUGCGUAAGCCUCCCAUCAAAAAAAGAAGUGCAGUACUCUGCUGGCAGUUGGCUUAUAAUCAGGGAUGCAUCUCCAUAAAGGGCUGCCUUCCCUGUCUCAAGUCAGAUAGCUGGCUCUCCCGAUGAUCAAAAGAAAAGGAGAUGUUGCUUGCCUGCCUGUUCAGUGCUGCUAGUCCUUCCUCUUCUGUAAAGCUGCUAGUCUCCAGGGAAACACUACAGUGCUUGGGUUGUCUGCUGAAGCUAUGUAGUGGUGGCUGGUUUGUGUUGCUUGCUAGUGUUAAAGGAUUUUGGUGUUGGUUUUCUUUUUUUUUUUUUUUUUUUUCCAAAAUAUGUUCUAGUAUUUUUAAGUGUGCAGUACUUCAACAUCAGCAGCAGGGCUCUCCUGAAGGGUUGGCCUGUGCCUGUCAGGAAAUGUUGAAGUGAUUGGCUUAUGGGGAGCAGCCAUCUUCUUGUGCACUUCCUUGUGUGAAGCCCUUUCUGCUUGAGGCAGGAAAGAUAUUUUGGAAGUGAGAAUACAACUGUGAUAAGAUGUAACCCCACAGCCUGCUGUAUUAGGGGACAUAUGUGCCUGUGGGGGAAAAUCUGAUAUGCUUAGUCACCAGUUGUUUUAUCAGCUGAUCUUGAAAAGCUUUCAUCAUAUGCUUGGUUGGUGUUACCAAAAAUAGAGGUUAGCUGUAGCUGCAUGGUGCUUGUAAAGCAUCUGUAGGCUGACAGCCUUGACUGCCUUCUUUAAAACCUUCCUCUCUUUUAAUUGCAAGUGACCAGUGAUGCUUUUGUCCCUUGAUGGACACUUGAAUCAGCUGCUGGACUUGCUGGGCUUUGGCACGAUGCCCAUGCAAGCAGCUUUUCUCAGGUGUUGUGGGAGCUAAGCACAUGGCAGUGUCAUGCUGAGAGAAGGUGGCUGUCAUGCACCUACUGUGAUGGAAGUGCCUUGGCUGAUAAAGUGCUGGGAUCACGUGCACCAUCAGUGGUUUGAGAUAAACAGGCUUUGGAAUUGAUGUUGCUUUUUUAAUUAAAAAAAAAAAAAAAGUGUAGUGGUUUAUUACUCCAUGCCUUGAACUGCUUGGCAGCAGAUGGAGUGGCACUGCUCAUGUGCAAGGAUGUCGUGGCUGUACUGAAGAACAUCAAUAUGCUGUGCUUCCCUCGCUGCUGUAGCAGUUGCUGCCACUUCAACCUGGAAAUGUCUAAGCUUUGUUUUGCUCUUGCCUUAAGAAGUGGCUCACCCCACCAAUGCAGAGGAAUGUGAUACUUGGGAUUACUCUGCCACCUCCAGAUGUGGAACAAAUCACCAAUGUGAGCCAUCUCUUUUGAAAUGAGAUAGCUGCACUGAGAUGAGGUAGCCAGCUUGUUCAGUGCCAAACAGCCUUGCAAAGCUGCUUGCAUGGUAGCUGAGCAGAAAAUGUAAUCCCUCAGUCAAAGGGAGGGUUCUGAAUAUUCUGUAGGAGUAGAGGUCAAGGGAAUCUUCCUAGUGCAUAAGCUUUAUAAAUUUGUGGGUGCCUAUGUAGCAUUUAGAUUGGCUGGAGAGAUGCAGUGGGCUAGACUACUUGAUAAGCUUUUAAAUCUAGCUUUUAGAUCUGGAGACUGCUGUAUAGAGUACUGAAGCUGUUUUACCCGAACUUAGAAGGGAUACUAUAAUCACUGUUGAAUGCUGAAAAGGAAGAAAGAGCUUGUGAGAAGAAUAGCCUUCAGCUGCUGCUUUUUUCUAAACCUGACAUUGAUGCUUGUUGUCACUCUGUCUGAUUUCUAAUUCCAGGUGAUAAAUCUACUUGCUAGCUCAAAGCUCAUUAGCUUUGGUUCAAACAGCUUCCUGAGUCAGCCCUUAUCUGCUAUGGUCUCUUGUGAAGGGACUGUUGCCCAGCUUGGCUUGAACCCAUUUUUAAACUGAAAUUUGAGUGACACUGAUUUCUUUUUUGUUGUUGUUGUUUGGAUUUAGUGAAUGGUGUCAGUGCUGUAAGACACUGUAGAGAAGCUGUGCUCUCCUGGCAUGCUCCAAUGCUGGGGAGGGCUGCUCAUGGGCCGAAACAAGGCAUGUGUCUGGGGUGCUGUGGAUGGUGGAUCUCCUUAUGGGGCCUGUUUUUUCAGGCUGUGGAAGCGGUGUGCAUAAGGGAAGAGCAUGGAACAUAAACUAGAACAGCUAUACUGUAAGUUAAAGCUAGGCUGGGAACUAUUUGACCAAUAGUAGUUUAAAAAUACUACUUGUGGCCUUUUCUCUUUUUCCAUUGUCAAUGUGAACAUAGAAGUAAGGGGUUGCUCUCCUCACUCUAUGCCUGGAAGUGCCUUGUGGGUUCUUUUGCAUGUUUGUUUUUAAAAAGGUUUUUGUACACAGCCUUCUAGUGGAAAAUGCACUUUAUAAUUGCAAUGUAAUAAGUCUUUUAAUACCACGGCUCUGUUUUUAUGUGAUUGUUAAAAUAAAGGUGGAACGAUG